CGUCCGCCCGCGCCGCCGCCGCCCGUCCGGCUGCCCGCCACCUCCACGCCUCCGCCCACCCGCUCCACGCAGCCUGCACCGCCGCUCACCAUGGCCGGCGCAUAACCAGCCCCCUCGACGCUCCACGCCGGCGGCCCCGGUCCACGCAGCCUGCGCCGGCGCUCGCCAUGGCCGGCGCAUGAGCACCCCUUCUCGACCGGCCGCCCAUCGACGAUCAGGUCGUCGACUCGUUCACUUGGCCGCAAGCCGUCGUCGAGCAGCACGGACCGUGGAGCCCGUAGAUGGAUGACCGUGAGUGGAUGUACACCGGCCGGGUAACUCGAGCUAGCAUGACCAAUGAAUAGAUUGAGAAGACUAACGAGUUCUUGGAAGGGGCAUGGGCGCAAGCUGAAGGGUCGAGAUUCAUGUGGUGUCCCUGCAAGAGUUGUGGAAACCAGAAACGAAAGACAAAGAAGGUCAUGGGCGAACAUCUUGUCAAUUAUGGAUUUACGCCAGAUUAUACCCGGUGGAUCUUUCACGGUGAAGCCCAUCGUAUGAGGGACGAGGUCGUGAGGCAACGCAUCGAUGAAUGUGAUGCUGCUGGUGGGAUUGGGGACAUGUUAGACGACUAUGAGGAGGCACAUUUCGGUGAAGGGCCGCAGGAGGAGGAGCCAGAGGCAAGCACAAAGGCUUUUUACGAGAUGUUGGAGGCGGCACAGAAACCUCUUCACGGCCAAACAAAGGUUUCUCAGCUGGACGGCAUUGGACGCCUUAUGGCCUUAAAGUCCCAGUUUGGCCUGAGCCGAGACGCCUUUGAUAGUAUGUUGACCGUUGUUGGGAGCAUGCUUCCGGAAGAUCACAUUCUGCCCAAGACAAUGUAUCAGGCGACGGAAAUCCUUAGUGCACUGAAGAUGCCAUAUGAGCAGAUACAUUCUUGUCCUAAUGGGUGCAUUUUAUUUAGGAAAGAGCACGAGGCUGAAACUUACUGUCCAAAAUGCAAAGCCUCAAGAUUCCUGGAGGUGGAUGCUGGCGACGGUCAGCCUAAGAGGCAGCUCACGAUUCCUGUGAAAAUCGUACGUUACCUUCCGUUCAUUCAAAGGAUCCAAAGACUCUAUAUGACCGAGGAAACCGCGAAACAGAUGACAUGGCACAAAAAAGGUGUUCGAUACAACCCAGAUAAGAUGGUGCAUCCCUCCGACGGUGAGUCAUGGACUCAUUUUGAUGAGAUUCAUCAUGAGAAAGCUAAAGAAGCUCAUAAUGUACGUGUUGCGCUGGCAACCGAUGGGUUCAAUCCUUAUGGUAUGAUGGCCGCAUCGUACUCAUGUUGGCCCAUGUUCGUUAUUCCCUUGAAUCUCCCCCCCCGGCGUUCUCUUUCAAUGGCAAACCAUAUUUGUGUCGUUGAUUAUUCCUGAGCACCCAGGGAAUAAAAUGAGUGUUUACAUGGAGCCUCUAAUCGAUGAGUUGAUCAAAGCAUGGGAGGAGGGGGUGUGGACGUACGACCGAGCGACAAAGACAAACUUCAGAAUGUAUGUGUGGUACCACUACUCUCUGCAUGACCUCCCAGCGUAUGGCAUUUUCUGCGGGUGGUGUACUCAUGGAAAGUUCCCAUGCCCAACAUGCAAGGCAACUCUGCAGUUCAUUUGGUUGAGAAAGGGGGGCAAGUAUUCGUCAUUUGACAAACAUCGACAAUUCCUUCCUGCUGACCAUCCAUUUAG